GGCUGAGGAUGCGGCUGAAGCUGGGCUUUCUCUUGCGCGCCGUGCUGCUGCUUGGCUCCUUCCUGGGGCUGCUGCUGCUCUGGUCGUCGCUCUCGCCCCGCGCAGAGGAGCCCAGCCCAGGGGAACGGAUUCGGGAUGACAAGGAAGCCGUCAAUCUUGUCCCCAAAAAUGGAGACCAUGGCUUGGUUCCUGGAAAUGAGAGAUUCAAGCCUGUGUUACCCUGGCCUCACGUUGAAGGUGUGGAAGUAGACUUGGAAUCAAUUCGGCGAAGGAAUAAGGCCAAAAAUGAAGGGAAUCCUGUUGUUGGUGGCAACAAUGAUCAGCAAAACAUUAUGCAGCGACAGUAUCUGACAUUUAAGCCACAGACACUUAUCUACCAUGAUCCUGUAUUGCGAUCUGGAAUUCUUGGUAAUUUUGAACCCAAAGAACCUGAACCCCACGGAGUUGUAGGUGGUCCUGGUGAGGAAGCCAAGCCAUAUGUUUUAGGAUCAGAGUAUAAAGAAUCUGUUCAAGCCAGCAUUAAAGAAUUUGGGUUUAACAUGGUAGCAAGUGACAUGAUCUCGCUAGAUCGAAGCAUUAAUGACUUGCGUCAAGAAGAAUGCAAGUAUUGGCAGUAUGAUGAAAAUCUACUCACAUCCAGUGUUAUCAUUGUCUUCCAUAAUGAAGGAUGGUCCACACUCAUGAGAACAGUUCACAGUGUAAUUAAAAGAACUCCAAGGAAAUAUCUGGCUGAAAUUGUUUUAAUUGAUGAUUUUAGCAAUAAAGCACACUUAAAAGAAAGACUAGAGGAUUAUAUUAAGCAGUGGAAUGGCCUUGUAAAGAUUUUUCGAAAUGAAAGGAGAGAAGGUUUAAUUCAAGCUAGAAGCAUUGGAGCCCAGAAGGCUAAACUUGGACAGGUUUUAAUUUACCUUGAUGCCCACUGUGAGGUGGCAGUAAACUGGUAUGCACCACUAAUAGCUCCUAUAUCUAAAGACAGAACCACAUCCACUGUACCGCUUAUAGAUGUCAUAGAUGGCAACACUUAUAACAUUGUACCCCAAGGGGGUGGUGACGAAGAUGGGUUUGCUAGAGGAGCAUGGGAUUGGAGUAUGCUCUGGAAGAGGGUGCCCUUGACCAAACGUGAGAAGGAAUUGAGAAAGACAAAAACUGAGCCGUAUCGAUCACCUGCAAUGGCUGGUGGAUUAUUUGCCAUUGAACGGGACUUCUUUUUCGAGCUGGGUCUCUAUGAUCCAGGUCUACAAAUCUGGGGCGGUGAAAACUUUGAAAUAUCAUACAAGAUUUGGCAAUGCGGAGGGAAGUUGCUAUUUGUCCCUUGUUCUCGUGUUGGACACAUUUAUCGUCUCCAGGGAUGGCAAGGGAAUCCACCUCCAGCAUAUGUUGGAUCAUCUCCAACUCUGAAGAACUAUGUCCGAGUUGUGGAGGUCUGGUGGGAUGAAUACAAAGAUUUCUUCUAUGCUAGUCGUCCUGAGACGAAAGCACUAGCACAUGGUGAUAUCUCUGACCUGAAGAAAUUUCGUGAAGAUCACAAAUGCAAAAGUUUUAAAUGGUUUAUGGAAGAAAUAGCUUAUGAUAUUACUUCUCACUAUCCUUUACCACCUAAAAAUGUGGAGUGGGGAGAGAUAAGAGGCUUUGAAACUGCUUACUGCAUAGACAGUAUGGGGCAUACCAAUGGAGGCUUUGUGGAACUUGGACCAUGCCACAGAAUGGGAGGAAAUCAACUGUUCAGAAUUAAUGAAGCUAACCAGCUCAUGCAGUAUGACCAAUGCUUAACUAAAGGACCUGAUGGAUCAAAAGUUAUGAUUACACACUGCAACCUAAAUGAAUACAAGGAAUGGCAGUACUUCAAGAAUCUACAUAGAUUUACUCACAUCCCUUCAGGGAAAUGUUUGGACCGUUCAGAGGUUCUUCACCAAGUGUUUGUUUCAGAGUGCGACUCAAAUAAAGCAACACAAAAAUGGGAAAUGAACAAUAUCCUUAGUGUAUAAACAAAAUAGCUGAAUCUACCUACUGACACAUUUAAUUCACAUAGGACUGAAGAUAGCCUGAAAACUGCUGCAACUAUUAACUUUGUACAGCUGCGAACCUGGAACUUCCUGAUCUGGAUGAAGGAUAUAGGUGGACUGUGAUAGAUUUCUCAUCUGCAGUUAAUGUUUACAAAAACUGCUCUUACCUUAAACUUUAAUAGAUGUUUACAUCUCGUUUUGUUUGUUUUUUCGUUUUAGGAUAUACUUGUUCUAAAAUGUUUUAGUUGAUGAUUUAAUGCACUUUUGACUCUGUUUCUGUUUUACUGGAACAAAGUUAAAUGUGCCAGCUUGGAUCCGAAGUAGCGGGAGGUUGCUUCCGCUCGAGUAAGAGGGUUUUUCUGCUUCCUCUUCUGGCAGCAGCCCCCACCCCAAAAAGCCUCUCCCAAAGGACCUUCUUGGGUGGCUUUCUGAGUGGUGUCAAGGGCUGGGAAUUGGCAACUUCCCACGUGUGUGUAAGUGCCUUCCACUUGUGCACAAGCAGGGGAUCUGGAUCCAGGCAUUUGUCGUCUUUGGGAUUACACUCAGGGGUCUGCAAGCAGGUUUUUUUCUUUCCCAACACUCACACUUGAAAAAGGUUAGAGUAACCAGACUUUGCUAUAUCAAGGUGAUUAUCAACCUGUUGUACGUUGUUUGGAUUAUUAUUAUUAUUAUUUUUUCAUCUUACCAAGCACUGCCACAGGUUUUGAGCCAGGGUGGCCUUUUUUCACAGUCAUGCUGCUUUUUUGAAAGGUGAAUUUUCAAUGUAUUUAGUGCCUCCUUAAUUUUUCCUCUUUAUUUCACAAGAAAAGCAUUGGUAUGGUAUGUUGAGAUGUCUCCUUUUUAAUAGGGAUGAUUUGGCAAUGCCUUCAUUAUGGGUUGAAGAAAAAUAUAUUGCCAGCUACUAUUAUACUCUUUAUUCUAUACCAAUAAGGUAAUCAACUGAGGCACAAGUCAUACCAGGAAUGCCGUGUGAGGCUAAAAUGUCAUUGGAACCUACUAAAAACAGUUGUAGUCGGUAUACUGGAUAGCACUUAAAUCCAUGAACCACUUGUGUGAAAUAGCAUUAAAGCAGCUUAAGUUUUCUAUUUUGCAAUAUCAAACUGAAACUGAGUUUGAGCACUAUGUGAUGCAUUCAGUGGAAGUGAGCACUCCAAAUUACAACUAAAAAGAUACAAGCACUAACUGCCCUGCUGUAUCAUGCCUUACAAAAUCUGUAUACAUCAGAAUUGACAUAGGUCUAGAUCUGCACAAUGUAGAAAAGUCAAGGUGAUCCAAUUCUUCACUUUUCUUGUGACAAAUAGAAGUCAGUUGAAAAUGAACCGAAGAAAUGUUAUUUAAAAAAAUCAGAAUUAUUUUUCAAGCACUCAGCAUGUAAAGGAAUAUUGUCAAGUAGUUAGAGAUCCAUAUAUAGAUUAGAAAUGGGCAAAUGGGGUAAAAUAUAUUUUUAUUUUGUACAGAAGUGGCUUCAAAAUAAUGGAAGUAGCUUCCAAAUAUGAAGAGGAUGUUUGAAUCCUGGGAUUUGUCUUAACACCUCCAUUGUUGUGAUCCCAAUUACAUAACUGUGCCAUAGCAUGAACAGAUACCAACAAAUGAUAGAUACCAAGACAUCAAAAACUAAGGGACAAUUUCUUAAAACGUUUAUGUUUAAUAUUACCUUGAGAGUAAAAUCUCCAACAUGGGGAGGAUGGGAGUGGAAUCAAUAAUAAUUAUUUUUUUUAAAAAAAGGUCUACUUUGGUACUUAAUCCUAAAUUAAAAGGGAGUUGGCAUAUUGUUAAUAUUGUGCCCCCACACAUAAAUCAAUUAGAUUUAUAAGCAUAUGACUCGGUGCAGAGUUUCAGCUCAAAAUUAAACCCUUAAAUGAUUUGAUUGAAAUUUCACCUGUAAAAGUCUACCUUGGUUUCAGUAGUACAAUUCGUUAACCCUUAUUUUAUUAACUCCUAAAAGUGAGUAAGUCAGUUAUCAGGCCAAAUUUUGAUCUUAAGACCAGAUAACGAAUAUAUUUCUGACAUUUUAUCUUUUUAAGCCUCCUUUAAAAGAUGUUAAUAAUUAAAUUAGAAAAUCAAAGAGGAAGAAACUGGAAGUAGGAUAACAAGGAUGUUGGGUACAUUUAUUAAAUGUGUGUAUGAAAACCAAUUUUCAUUUUCUGUGUUGAACAGAGGUUAAUUUAAUCUCAUUACUAUGCAUAAGUGAAAGAGAUUGCACAUUGAUUGUGCAGGUGUGUAUGUGUUAAAGGGUAUUGUGUGCAAUUUCAUUAAAAUCCAAUACUGUAUGUGAAUAUUAAUCUGUAUUUUUAAACUCCAAAUCUUACAAGACAACAUAAAACAACUGUUGCACCUAAUGACUUUUCCUACUGUAACCUGCUUUUAAAAAAGUAGAUCCCAUUCCCUUGCUUUGUAAGUUGAUCACUAUGCAUUUCUACACAUUUUAUAAAUUUGAUUUAUGCAGAUUUUGAUACACUGUAUGUUUCUGUAAAGAUUGUAUAAAUCUUCAAAGGUUUUACAAAGGGUAAAUCUGGGCUGUCUUAUGUAUAUCUUAAUUCUGGGUUGCUUCUUUUUUUAGGUGAGGAAAAUAAAUUUUAACUUGUGGGUUUAUUA